CGGACGCCUCCCGGCCCUCCCGACCUGGCGCGCUCUCCUUUUCUCGGGCGCGACUGUCGGCCGGCCGUCCAGCUCUGAGGCGGCUUUCCUGAACUGCUGGCGGCGGGUGAGGCGGGGGGGCCGCUCUUCGUCUUCUUCUCCAGACAGCUUCGUUCCCGGGUCAGCGAGGCAAGCGGGGACAGGGCGACUCUUCGGAGGCGAGGAAGAAGAACUUCUGAAAUCUGGCCAAGAAAGCUGCAAGGACUAGUCCAGGCAGUCUCCAGGAGUCAAAAUUGACUUGAAGCCUCUUGUGCACUUACAGUCUUCCUAGCAUCCUCUGGUGUCACCCCCUUUUCCCUGCAGCUACAAUGAAAGAAACACAAGUGACAUUUUGACAGCAGAGCUUUGCAAGGGUGCCUAAGCCUUUCCAGGUUGGAGCAGAAACAUUGCUGACCAAAGGGUAUAAUAAUGAAUAUUGCAUCAUCCAGUUCUUGGGCUGAGACCUGAAUCAGGAGAAGAAGAACCUCCACUCAUCGCCCUUCUUUGAUGUGAUCGGCUAUUCUAAGGGAUUAGAAUGUAUACAGAACAAUCAACCCUUGAUUUGUGUGAAUGAUUGGACUCUUAAAACCUGAGUCCUCAGAAGUAUUAAAUUGGGUGCACCACCCCCCUUCCCUGCUUAGGAGAUAAUGAGUUUGUAGCUUUGAUUGCAAAUCUUUCACUAAACCUCCAUGUCACAAGCACUACUAUCUUCCUUGGCAGUUAAAAAUGGCUAAUGAAGAUUGGAGGAAAUGAAUCUACUUUAACUAUCAACCUUAAUUAGAAGAAACUUGCAAUAUCUUGCUCCCAGAGAAAUUUCAUACAAACUCAAUAAAUAUUGAACUGAUCUUGAACUUAUGGCUGCUUCCACAGUUGCAGAUUUUUUUUAAAGACUUCUCUGGAAUCAAUUUAUUAUAUCACAUGGUUAUGUGUGUCUCCCUGGACCAUGACCCUGGUUCACUGCAAUGGAGAGCCGGGGAGCCACAGUAAUGCUAGGUGGAAUCAUGAAGAUAACGGAGGGAACCAUGCUAACAUGAACACAGAAGUUGACCCAGGCAAUCAGCACCAACUGACGCCAUUUGAGAAACUCAUUCUAGAUAUGUCCCAGAAUGAAAAAAUAGUAAAAGAAUUAACUCUGGGCAAGAGGGUUGGGUUUUACAGCAUCAGAGGUAAAAUUGGAAGUGGGAAUUUUUCCCAAGUGAAACUUGGAAUACACGCUCUGACAAAAGAAAAAGUAGCCAUCAAGAUCCUGGAUAAAAGUAAAUUAGACUACAAAACCCAGAGGCUCCUCUCUUCUGAAAUUUCUAGCAUGGAGAAGCUGCAUCAUCCAAACAUUAUCAGGCUUUAUGAGGUCAUGGAGACCUUCUCCAAACUGUACCUGGUCAUGGAGUAUGCUAACGGAGGAGAGCUUUUUGCUAAAAUCGCAAUAGAUGGGAAGUUAUCGGAAGAAAAAAGCAAGCACAUUUUUGGUCAGAUUGUGUCUGCCAUUAAACACAUGCAUGAGAACAACAUAAUUCACCGGGACCUGAAAGCCGAAAACAUCUUUUACGCCACUAACACAUGUGUGAAGGUGGGAGAUUUUGGAUUCAGCACAGAAAGUCAAAAAGAGGAAUCGUUGAACACCUUCUGUGGUUCUCCUCCUUACGCCGCUCCAGAGCUUUUCAGAGAUGAAAAUUAUAUUGGGGUUUAUGUGGAUAUCUGGGCCCUAGGAAUCCUCCUGUAUUUCAUGACCACAGGGUUCAUGCCAUUCCAGGCAGACACGGUGGCCAAGCUAAAGAAGUACAUUCUUGGUGGGAUAUAUAGCGUGCCACCAUUCCUGUCUGAAUCUUGCCAGAGACUGAUUUUGGCCAUCCUGCAACCAGUUCCGUCAGAACGCUGCUCCAUUGAUAACAUUAUGAACAGCGAAUGGAUGAAUGGCGUGCAAUGUCCCAAACCCUUGGAACCCUUUAAACUGGAUCCCAAAUUUUUGUCUGAGGACAAAACUCUCCAGAAGGAAGAGGCUGAGGUAAAAAUCACUUUGAACCACUUGGGAAUCACAGAAGAGCACAUUCAGAAUAACCACGAGAGAGAUUACUACACCUCAGUAACAGGGACUUACAGAAUUGUUCUUCACCGAGUGCAGAAAAAACGGACUAUGGAAAUUGUCCCUCCUGUCAGCCAACCUGAGAAAGAAAGAGAACUCAAGAAAGAAAGGUCAAAGAAAAAUCUGUGUUCCUAUCAGGACCACAAAUAUUCAUCAAAACUCUGUUUGAUUUUAUAAAGCACCUUCUUGGAUUAGUCUGACACAAGAUUUUUUAAAAAAGAAUUUAAUCCCACCUUUAUUACUUUUAUAAGUAACUCAAAGCAACAAACAUGCAAUAUUCCUUUGUCCUUCUCUUUUCCCUACAACAACCCUUUGAGGUGGGUUGGGCAGAGAUAGAAUUACUGUUUGGUUCUUUUGUUUGGUAGCAAUAAAACUUGCCCUGAGUGUUUUUGUGAUUUUGAAAAAAUAAAAAGGAUGCCUUAAAGCUUCUAAUGUAUGGUUCCCAUUCCCAAAGCUUAAUGCUAAAGCCUAUGCAUUCUGUGAUUUAAUUCCUUUUGUAGUGGUUUUUUUUUCAGACUUCAAAAUCUAUCUGAGGAGAAGGUAAAACUCCGUUUUUGGAGGAAUACUGCUGCGUAGAAUUGAGUUUGUUGUGAUAGAUGCAGGCAUCAACUGGUUAAUGUCCUAAAUAAAUACAUUUGUUCUCCUCCCACAACAUUUAUUAAUCUAGAAUGGUGAUUCUCAACUUUCCAUGUCUUAUGAAAAAA